UCACCACCCACGCCCACAUGCUCAUGAACACCCCAAUCCCGUUCUCCCCGCACCUGGCCAUGACCUGGCCGAUCGAUCCGGCCGGCGGACGGCUCCCAUAUCCCUGUCAGGGCAUGACCCACGUCGCCCAUCGCACUGUCGUCACGGCUGGCUUGACAACCCUCGACAACUUCACCGGCUCGGCGACCCAUGGAGGCGGCUCCUGCCAGUUUGGCAUCAAUUUGAACGGAUUACCGGCGUACACGGCAGACCCUGCCAACUGGCGCGCCAUUUAUAUUAUCAUUGGCGGCUGUCCCACCCAGAUUGUCCGGGAUGCGGUGCACUGCGGGGAUGACGAGGGCGUCGACUGUAUCCGGCAGUAUAAAAUUCCCAUCCCCAAGGGCCUGUCGAACAGGGACGCGACGUUUGCGUGGACUUGGUACAACCGGAUUACCAAGGACGAGGUGUACAUGAUGUGUGCUCCCAUCACGGUUGUCGGCGGGGUGGAGGAUCCGGGGCAGGGAGGCGGUUUGUCGAGGAGGAGCUGCCGGUGA